AUGGGCACAGGGGCCCCUUUGGGCCAGGGCCCCUCAGCCCCUGCAGCCCUCACUGACAACCCACAGGCCCGGUUGACCGUGGUGGUGGAAGAGGCGGAGCAGGAGCUGCUAGCACGAGUCCGGCCCACACUGGGCUCCGUGGGCCGAGGGUACAGUGUGGCCCUGCUGCUUCGGGGUCGGGAAACGGAGGCGCCCCGGCUCGUGCCUCAGCUGCUACAGGUGCUGUUUGAAGAAGCUCUGCCCCUCAGGGGCUCUGAUGCUGUGCUUAGCACUCUUAGCCUAGUUCAGCUCAGCGCCAACAGGAGGAUCCGGGAUUUGCUGACUCCAGGGGCAGGGAACCUAUCCGUGCUGGAUGUGGCUCCUCUGGGCUUGGUGGUGGAAAAUGCCAGUGAAGUAGAGGUAUCGGACUCAAGAGCUGCCUCAGAGCUGUACUUGCGGGCUGCAUGUGGAGAAGGCAGAGACUGUCCCCUGCUGCAGGUACUAGCUGGCAACGUGGCUGGUGAAGAGGUGGAGGGCUCUCUGACCUGGAUUGUCUCAUGGCUUCUGGAAGGAAACAACUACAGUGGCCUUCUUCUUCGCCUGGAUCCUCAAGGCAGCCCCCUGAGCUUGUUCCAGUCUGCUUUGUUGGGGGCCGCAGGAAGGAGGAGGAAGGUGAAACAUGUGAGGCCCACCCUGUGGGAUGCAGUAGAAGAGGCCCGGGCCCGCCGAGCUGGUCUGAAGAGCCUGCGAUCAGGCCUCCUUAGGGACGCCCUGACAGACAGUGGGCUCAGCCAGCUGGGCAGGGCACUGCGGGAGCUGCAUGUGAGCAAGGCCCAGCAGGCCCCGGAUGUGGCCCUACACUUCUUCUUGGCUCAGGCCGAGAGGCACAGACUGCGAGAACAGCACCAAGCGUGGAUCCAAGAGGAGGUGAAACAUAUGGAACAGGAGGAAGAGGUGGUGGCGGGUGACCAGGCCAAAGGCCUGCUGGCUGAAGAGGACUCCAAGGAGAGGCAGAGAUGGCACCGGGAGCAGACAGUGCUGAGAUGUCAGCUGGAGGCCCUUAAGGCAGAACGGGAUGCCGCAGAGCAGGACCUGACAGCCCUCUAUGACCUACACGUGCAGGCUGCCCGGGCUCAGACACGCCAUGUGCUGCAGGUAUUUCGAGCCUGGCAGGGCCUCUGCGAGGAGCAGGCCAUGACCACAGAGCAUCACUACCGCAGCCUGCUGGCUGGCAUCUUGCAAGACUCCAUCAGCUUGGCCACACAGAACCAGGAGCUCCAAGCCCAGAAUAAGCAACUUCGGCAGACUGGGCUGGCAGAGGUCGUACUGGAUACCUGCCCUGAGGAGAAAUCUGGUGAUCAGGAAUCCAGCAGGGGCACUUUCUUCUCUCCUCAUUUGUAA